AUGGAAGGAUUGACGCUUAGUCAGCAAGAACAAAUUUGCUAUGGUGAACUGUUUCAGACCUGUGAUGUUGAUGGUACAGGGAGAAUCACUGGUGUUCGGGCUUCCGACUUGUUCUUGUCUUCAGGUCUGAGCCAGGAUCAUCUCAUGCAGGUAACAGAAUUAUGUGGCGCUAAAAGGCUUGGACAUUUCGGACGAAGUCAGUUUUACAUUGCUCUGAAGCUCAUUGCUGUUGCCCAGCUAGGUCUUCCAGUGAAGCUAGAUAGUCUUAAUACAGGAAAGGAUAUUCCACUGCCCAAGUUUACACGGCAAAACCAGAAUGAUAUUGAUAAAAGAUUGAUUCCUCCAAACCAAAGUACUGCCCAAGAACUUUCCGUAACGGACAGGCCACCUGUCCAAGGAAGUGCACAACAACCAAUGCAAACAGCUGCUGGUCAGCUUCCUCCCCCACCUGCCAACAAAAAAUCCCACAGUCGCAACCUCUCUGGUCAGUACCGAAGUGUUGACCAACAGGGACAGAUUAAUUCUAGAGACGAUUCUCCACACAAUGCAAAGUCUCCACCUUUCUCUCCGAAACAAUCUCCACCCUCCUCUCCGCCAGUCAUACCCCCUACCCAGAAUGCAAUACAACCAAUCCCAACAGCUUCCACCAUUCCAGUGGUUGUCCCGGUGACAGCCAAUCAGAACUCAUUUCCAGCCAACACACCCACAGUGAUUCCAAGUGGAGCCCAGACCACGAUUCAAACAGGACCUAGUGGGGGGCCGAGUGGAGGGCCCCCAGCAGGUUAUGUUGCUAACUCAAUGAAUUCCACUCAUGAAGCUGGAUGGGCGUCAUUUGAGGAUGAUGGCAGCGAAUGCCAUGGGUUACUGGGUACAGGUCCUAAGAAAACCUACAAUCUAGAAGCACCUGGGUUUGAUUCUUCCUCCAUAAGUUCUGACCCAGAGAGUGUCGACGAUAUCUGGAGCAUUAAUGAAGAACAAAGAGAUUACUAUGUCAAACAAUUCCAAAUCAUGCAACCAGACCUUGGUGGUGCAAUAUUAGGUGGCAUUGCAAAAGAUUUCUUCGAAAAGUCAAAACUACCUGUGCAUGAAUUAUCAAAGAUCUGGCAACUGUCUGAUUUGAAUCGUGAUGGUGCGUUAUCACUAGAGGAGUUCUGUAUAGCUAUGCAUUUAGUGGUAUUACGGAGAAAUGAUAUUGAGCUACCAGAUCGACUUCCAUUCUCUCUCAUGCCAUACUCUGCUUUUACCAAUGGUAAGUCUGUUAUAGGUAGUACAUAUAAGGAGCCAUUCGCUGCAGACCUGCCUCCCGGAAGUACGCUGAAACGGACUACGCCCCCCUCAUCGCCUCCAGCCCAGCAGAGUGGAGGUGCCCAUUGGGCCCAGUCCCUGAUCCAGGAAUCGCCCCAGACCUCUAGCGAGAUGUCCUCACCCAGCAUCAAACCUGCCAACUUUGAAUUCUCCAAACCGGUACCCUCAGAUCCUGAAGCCAAAAUUGUGCAGCCUGUACCAGUGAGAAUGUCUCCGGAGAGUCAACGGUACCCACCCGAGGGUGUGGAAAGGGGUAGGGCGUUUUCAGAGCCGGCCCCACUUGUUGACACUUCAUUUCCCGACCAAUCAGAAUCCUUGCAGAAUGAUCCUAACAUGUCCACCGCUGCCACUACUAUCACCACGGUAACUGUGACAACCAAACAGCGGUCCAACACUGAGACUAAUUAUACUGCUGAAACAACUACCGUCCAACAAAAUGAAGUUGGCACUGGCAGCAAAACUGCGCCUGCUAGUCAAGGGCAGAUAACUCUUGUCAGUAGGCCAAGGCCAGUUCCAAAGAAAACCAAUACAGUACCAGGAGGUGUUGGCGGUCUCCUGAUACCAGUUCCUGUUACUAGUCAACCUAGCUCUGGAGAAGGGGAUCGACCGCCAUUAUCAUCUACUCACAGUCUAGAUAAUGUUGUCAACCAGGAACCCCCUCGUCCUCCUCCUCGGCCGGGAGCUCAGCCACAUGGCCGUAGUCUGUCUGUGGAUCUCAUUGGUAUAGGUCUUUCUACACCACCAGCUGUUCCUCCGAGAACUUCACCCAAAGAUAGUCCUGCCUAUCGACGAUCAGCUGAUGGAGCAGUAAUAGCAUCAGAUAAAAAAAGUAAAUUUCCAGAAUUUAAAAAGUUCGAGUCAAUUCCUUCACAAGAAGUUUUAGUCCUUCCUGAGAUAGAUUCUGUUGAUGGGUCGGUGGAGGAUUCUGACAGAACACGCCGAAAUCUCUCACAAGAUUACACAAAACUGGAACCCAGUGUAUCCCAGGGACCAGAGUCUGGAGACAACACAACAUCCACAGGCAGUGUGAAGGUUACCUCCCCUGGUGUGACCUUCGACCUCCCCACUGAAGAUGAGGCAGGAAGUGGGGAGAAACAGAGGGCACCUAUAUUUGCUAUGAGACAAGUCAGUCGUGAUAAGAAAGAUCUACAAAUGGCAAUACGAACCCACAAAGAGAGAAAUACAAUGUUGGAGCGCCUCAACAGCGAACUCAACCAGGAGCUUCAGGAAGUCAUGGAGCAACGUAUAGCACUAGAGAUACAACUGGAGCACCUUAAACCUUUCACCAGCUAACACAGGCUCUCCACACCACACCAGCUAACACAGGCUCUCCACACCACACCAGCUAACACAGGCUCUCCACACCAUACCAGCUAACACAGGCC